GAUUAAAGGCCAUGAUUAUGGAGAUUAAAGGCCAUGUUUAUGGAGAUUAAAGGCCAUGUUUAUCGAGAUUAAAGGCCAUGUUUAUCGAGAUUAAAGGCAUGCCUAUCGAAAUUAAAGGCCAUGUUUAUCGAAAUUAAAUGCCAUGUUUAUCGAAAUUAAAUGCCAUGUUUAUCGAGAUUAAAGGCAUGCCUAUCGAAAUUAAAGGCCAUGCUUAUCGGAAUCAAAGGCCAUGCUUUUCGAAAUCAAAGGCCAUGUUUAUCGAAAUUAAAGGCCACACUGACCAUACAAAAACACAGCGAAAUGGAAUGCACCACCGCGGGCCGGGCCAUGGGCACAUCUUCGUGCAAUUCGACUGGCUGCGAGAAGUGGAGCGAUUCUUCCGUCAGCUGUGUCAUACUUGGCGCCGGGGCGGUGACGACAUCGAUGGCCCCUACAAUAGGCUCGUGCGUAAGAAAACCAAAAAAAAAAACCACCUGCCCAGAACAAGCACCUCCGCGCCCGAAAAACACAUAGGCAUGUUCCGGGCUACGCAGCCGGGGCACGCAGAAGGGGUCCGCCCUGCAAGUUCCGGCCGGGUGUCAACUGCCGUUUCUCCCCAGGCGCCGGUGUUUGGUUGCUCGCUAAGCCCACCGUCUAGGGUUUUUCUGGGUGUUUCCUGCACUGGUGUCGGGGCCCGCUCAAGAGCACGCUGGGUGCAGGGCGGCCGUGGCGGCGCAAUAAACCACACUACGUGGCGAGUCUUUUGCGCUGGCUCCAGAAAGCGGCCAUGCCCGGGUGCCCGGGCAUGGCCACCUUGGGCGGCCUGCAAAAACGGACGGCUGCAAAAAAAAAAAAACUGACGGUGGCAUAAUCGGCCCCGGCCCCAAGGAACGGGGCCUAUGGCGCCAAACGAGCGCGGCCACCCAGCGCACCACGAGCAUUCCCGUGCGAACACCUGAGUCAGGCCCGCGGCCCCAGCUGAGAUCGGAGGCAGGCCACUGCCAAUUAACACACAACACCAGGCAACAGCACCAGUCAGAUUGACAAGCCCGCCGCCAAAAAAAAAUAAAAAAAAGAGAAAAGAAGAAAAGAAAAAAAAGAAGAAAAAGAAGAAAAACCC